AGUUGCCUGUGAUUAGUAGGGAGCCUCACUUGACCUUACAAAGCCCACGGACACAACCCGUGUGGCCAACUCGCGCCAAAUUACAAUCAUGGCCGUCGCGCUUCCUGCGGCCGUCACCAGCGCCUACGAGCGCCUGGCUGGCGAGUUUGACAAGCUCAGCACCACCCAGAAGUAUGCCGUCGGCAUCGCGGGUGGUGUCACCUCUCUAUACCUGCUCGCCAAGGUGCUGAAGGGCAGCGAUCGCGACAAGCCGACCACCCUGCAGCUCAGCGGCGGUUCUAUUGACUCUUCCAAGGUCAAGGAUGAGUUCACCGCUUACGCGGACAGCUAUGGCAAGAACGCGGGCGAGGGCAUCACUGACCGCUCGAAGACCGUUCACCUGGUGGACGUGUUCUACAGCCUAGUCACUGACAUUUACGAGUGGGGCUGGGGCCAGUCGUUCCACUUCUCUCCCAAGCUGCCCAACAAGGACCUGAAGGCCUCCGAGGCCGCGCACGAGGCGCGCAUCGCUGCCCUGCUGCGCCUGCAGCCCGGCCAGAAGGCGCUGGACUGCGGCUGCGGUGUGGGUGGCCCGAUGCGUACCGUCGCUGCUGUCAGCGGCGCGCACAUCACCGGCAUCACCAUCAACCAGUACCAGGUGGACCGCGCCAAGACGCACAACGCACGGCAAGGUCUGGCUCCGCUGACGGACGUUGUCCGCGGCGACUUCACUAACAUGCCGUUCAAGGAGAACACCUUCGACGGCGCCUACGCUAUUGAGGCGACCUGCCACGCCCCCAAGCUGGAGCAGGUGUACGGCGAGAUCUACCGCGUGCUCAAGCCCGGCAGCUACUUCGUGUCGUACGAGUGGGUGUCGACCCAGAAGUUUGACGUCAACAACGCCGAGCACGUCAAGAUUAUGGACGAGAUUAACUUCGGCAACGGCCUGCCGGAGAUGCGCACCUGGAAGGAGGCUGAGGACGCCGGCAAGAACGUGGGCUUCGAGCUGGUCAUGUCGCUGGACCUGGCCACCGCCUCCGUCGUCGCCGGCCCCUGGGAGGGCGCGAGCUCGACCGGCUCUGGUGCUGGACUGAGCCCCUCGACAGCCUGGUACGAGCGCCUGCGUAUGGGCAAGUACACGCACGCCAUCAACCACGGCAUUGUGUCCACCGUCGACGCCCUGGGCCUGGCUCCCAAGGGCCUCAAGGAGGUUCACCACAUGCUCGUGGAGGUUGCCAAGUCGCUCAUCCAGGGCGGCGAGUCCGGCAUCUUCACCCCCAUGCACCUGCUGCUGUUCCGCAAGCCCGGUGCCGACAAGAAGAAGUAAAUGCGCUGCGCCAUGCGGCAGCAGUUACAGCAAUGAGCGGCAGCGGAGUUGUGCGCGGAGAGCUGCGUAGGAGGAGGGUUGUUUGUGCCGGAGAGCGCGGAGAGCUCCAGAGGAGGGCGGCUGCAAUGCCGGUGGUCCUCGCUGCGUAGCUGUGGCGAAUACCAGAUACGUAGAUGUCACGUUGCAGGUUGCCCAAUGUAGAUAGGGAGUCAGUCCAGAGCGGGUGUUCAUGUCGGUUGUUGCGGUGGUUGUCUAUUUAUGGAGUGUGCUGGUUUCCGGGUACGGGCACGGCCCCCCGGACUGACGUGUUUUGACGUGUGAUGUCACAUAUACAGACUUGACUGCGGUGCUUAACCCGAAUGACGCAAGUGAGCUUGAAGACGCCCCACCAGCUGCCAAUGGCAGCCGGGCAACGGGUGAAGCAUAUAACGUGGAGAGGCAUACAGCCAUAUGAUGUGGCGCGAGUUUUGACGGACCGAUGAAGUCGGAUCAAGUGCCCCACAGGACACGUGCGCGCUCAUGGGGGCCUUCUGGAGUGUAACGACUCCCUCGA